AUUUUUGCAAUAGAAAUUCACGUAUUUUAUGGACCUUUAAUCAAAACAGUAUUUGGGUUUUGCACUAAACUCCAUUUUUUGCACUUCAGAUUUACUUUUUUAGGACUUUCCAGCAACAACAAAAAAACAAAAACAGUAUCCAAAUUCUACGCAAAAUCUCCAUUUUACUUUCAAAAUUCGUAAUUUUUUGUUUAUUUUAAAGCAAAAUAGCAUCUGGGUUGUGCACAAAAAUUCAAUUUUUCAGACCAAAUUCACAUAUUUUGAGAAAAAAGAUUAUCUGGGCUGUGCACAAAAAGAGUAUUUUUGAGCAAAAGAGUAUCUGGGUUGUGCAAAAGAAUUCAUUUUUGAGACCAGUUUCACAUAUUGUUGAGCAAAAUAGUAUCUGGGUUGUGAACAAAAAUUCACAUAUUAUUUGGAUUCUGAAAGAUGGGUAAUCGAUUUAUAUGCAUGACAAAGAAAGAAACAAAGGAAAAUGGAAGGAAUGGAAUAGUAGGAUCAAGAAGUAAAAGAAUGGAGAGAUCAAAGAGAAGGGAAGAGGAAUUAUUGCAUAGACAAGCUUUAUCAAUGGCAAUACAACAACAUCAAUUGUCUCAAAGAUUUGAAGGAUCAAUGUCUAGACGUAUUGGAUCCACUAGUUCUCGUCGUCCUACUGAUUUGUCUGAAUCCACUCCCAAUUCUAAGCAGUUACCAGAAUUUUUGGAGAGCAUCAAAACAAAGAAGUUUAUCUUGGUACAUGGAGAAGGAUUCGGAGCUUGGUGUUGGUACAAAACUAUUGCUCUAUUGGAGGAAACAGGAUUGCUGCCCACGGCCAUAGAUCUCACUGGAUCUGGGAUUGAUCUGACAGAUACAAAAAAGGUUACAACACUGGCGGAGUACUCACAACCAUUGAUUGAUUAUCUGGAAAACUUGCCGGACGAUGAAAAGGUAAUUUUGGUAGGUCACAGUGUUGGAGGUGCUUGUGUUUCCUAUGCUUUGGAGCUUUUCCCACAGAAAAUUGCGAAAGCAGUGUUUCUUUGUGCUACAAUGAUAUCUGAUGGACAGAGGCCUUUUGAUGUGUUCGCUGAAGAGCUUGGGUCGGCAGAGCUUUUUAUGAAGGAGUCUAAGUUUUUAAUUUAUGGGAAUGGUAAAGAGAAGCCUCCUACUGGCUUCAUGUUUGAGAAGGAGCAGAUGCAUGGCCUAUAUUUCAAUCAAUCUGCUGCAAAGGAUGUUGCUUUGGCGAUGGUUUCAAUGAGACCCAUUCCUCUUGGUCCAAUAAUGGAGAAACUAUCAUUGACACCUGAAAAAUAUGGAACAAGUCAUAGAUUUUAUGUCCAGACAUUGGAUGAUCAUGCUCUUUCACCAGAUGUCCAAGAAAAGCUUGUGAGGGAAAACCCUCCUGAAGGUGUCUUCAAGAUCAAAGGGAGUGACCACUGCCCAUUCUUUUCGAAGCCACAGUCGCUGCAUAAAAUUUUGGUUGAAAUUGCUCAGAUUCCAUAGGAAUGUUCAUAUGAAAGAAACAAGAGAUCUUUUACUUCUCACGGAAAAUAGCUUUUGUUGUUCCUUUUGGAGGCUGUACAAUCUGUUCCACGAGGCUGUUGGUUGUAUAAAAGAAAAAUUGGUUAGGUUAUCA